AGAGCUUCAGUUGACGUACGACUUCAGGGGAGUUUGGACUUAUAGAUAUAAAAAAAUAUAUAUUUAAAAAUGAUCUGGAAGACAGUUUUGGUCGCCCUUUUCGCUGUCGGCGUUCUGGCUGAAUACAAAGUCACCGAAGAACAACGCCAGCAGAUGAAGGCAGGUCUUACAUCACUCUGUAGGGGAAACGGUGCAGAAGACAAAGUAGACGAAGUAGAGGCAAAAGUAACCAACUUUGUUGACUGUGUUAAAACUUUAAUCAACGUCGAAACUAUUAAAAAAGAGGUCGAAGAAGCGAAACCAAACGGUGCUUUAGACGAAGUAUUCAAAAAGUAUUGCGAGAAGUCUCCACAGUUGAAGACUUGCAUUCACACUUUGACUAAUGGCUUGUCGCCUUGCUUGGGCGCGGGCAUUCGGGAACAUAUCGGUAUGGCUAACAACGGAUCCGACCAGCUGAUCGACUUCGUCUGUCACAAGGAUGGCGACAGGAUAGCUUUGUUCAUCGCGGAGGGAGGUCCCGAGUGUAUCCAAGAGAAGGUCAACGAAGUGCGCGAGUGUUUUAUGAAAGUUAAGGAAAACAUACAAAACGUCGAAGAAUUUAAGAAGAUGACCUUAUUGGAAAAAUGCAACAAAUACGACGAGUUCUCUGCAUGUGCUGUUAAAGCUUUGGAAGGUUGCAGUACGCCCACUCCCGGCAACAUGGCUGAAUCGCUGUUCCGAUUCGUCCGUAAAGGCACACCUUGCGCAAAAAAAGAUGCUUAAAGAUGAACUGAUUCGCGCCACUCAUCUUUAGUUGAAAGCUGUCAAGAACUGUCAUUUAUUAAGUGCCAUUUAGAGAUCAUGUAACAAUAAAAAAUUGAAGUGA